UCCGACAUGGUACUUUGCAUGCCCUGAAGCAAAUGGAAAUGACGAAGGAACUGUAUUGUAUAUAAGUAUCGUCGCAAAUGACCUCAAAGUUGCUCAAGCUGCAAGGAACAUCACUGCCUCACCUUCAAUCAUGAAGUCUUUCAUUCUCUCCCUCCUUGCGCUCGCAAGCAGCUCUGCCGCACAUUACACCUUCCCCGAACUCGUCAUUGGCGGUAAGGGAACCGGCAAUUGGCAGUAUGUCAGGCAGACUGCAAACUACCAGUCCAAUGGCCCCGUGACCGACGUAUCCUCCACCGCCAUCCGCUGUUACCAACUCGCGCCUGGCACCUCCGCCAAGACCUACACCGUCAAUGCCGGCGACACCGUCGCCUUCACUGCCGCAGCCAGUGUAUCGCACCCGGGACCCAUGCAGUUUUACAUGGCCAAGGUACCCUCUGGUCAGACAGCUGAGACCUGGGAUGGCAGCGGCAACGUGUGGUUCAAGAUCUACCAGGAAGAAGCGAUCACAACUUCGAGCUCGAUCUCAUGGGCCAGCUCGGGAAAGACACAAGUCCCAGUAACCCUGCCGAAGUCUCUACCCUCAGGCGAGUACUUGCUUCGCGCCGAACACAUUGCUCUGCACAGUGCUGGUAGUUCCGGUGGUGCCCAGUUCUACCUUUCUUGUGCGCAGAUCAAGGUCCAGAAUGGUGGCUCGGGCAGCCCUUCUCCGCUUGUUAGCUUCCCGGGCGCCUACAAGGCUAGUGACGCGGGCAUUUUGGUGAACAUCUACUACCCCAUUCCUCAGAACUACCAGCCCCCAGGUCCGGCUGUCUGGAAGGGUUAGAUGGAUAAGGUGGCAGUUGGACUGUGCGCGGUAGUGUGUCUGAGUGUUGUUUCCUUAGAG